UCCGUCCGGUUAAAUUUUGCCACCAUCUCCUGAAAUCACCUUGGGAAUUGUUUUGAGUGACUGACGUACCCCCUAGUGACAUACUUUAUAUCGUAAGAAAGCUCUGUUUCCGGCGGAUCGUUUGGAUGGAGCAGAUUUUUUUAUUUUUUUUGUUGGCGAGAAAAUCACGAUUCCGUGGAGAUUUUGGACGAUUUUGGUUAGUUUUAUUUGGUCGAGUGUGAGGUCAUAUUUUUUUUUUAGACCGUUUUUGAACGUAUCACGCCCAGGGGCUCACGGCGACACAACUCAGCUUUAUUUUCGCUAAUAAACAACGGAGAUAUGGGCAGAAAACCGCAUUUCAGGUGCCCUCAGAGUUUAGUUUCUUGGGGAGUAUUGAACCAUACGAUGUCCAAAAACUCAACGGAUUCGGGCGAAUUGGACCUGCACCUAGGGACGUUUUUUUUUUUUUCCAAAAAAAAUUCGUUUGAGCGAAAUAUGGCCGCUCAAAGUUUGGUGCUGCUGACACACACACAAAGCCACACACGAAACACCAUAACCCACACCAUACAGCAGCACCGGGCACCCCAAGAGGGCCCACACAAGUCUACACAUGUCCGGGCGUCGUGGUGCCGGGCGUCCUCCAAAAAGGAAGCGCGCCUUCAACAAAGCUGGUCAGUUUACAGCUGCUGCUGCACCACCAGAACCACUCGCUGCGGACACUCCACCAGAACAUGGCAACGACACAUGUUAUGAAGGAGACGAGGAGGGCCACAGCAGCAGCAGCCAACACAGCAGUGACAGCGACCUCGGCAGCUGCAGCUCGGGCAGCUCGGGACACGUCAAGUAUGACGGCAAGAGCAAACGACACAGACGGCGACUCCGACAAAUGCGGCGGGAUCAGGAGGACAGGCGGGGUGUGCAAACGCUUCUCCAGAUGUGGGCACCACCUUCGUCCUGCAGCACUCCAGCCCCCGAGCCAGCCCCCGAGGACACGCAUAACGCAGGAGACACCGAGGAUGGGGCGGUGGUCUUCGAGAUAGAGGGGGGUGGAGACGACGGUGACGAGCUCAGAAAUUGGUUUGGAGAAGAGGACAUGCGAGACGUUGACGUGUGCCUGGAGGGACGCAGCUCGGGUUCUGAGGGCCUCAUCUUUGGGGGAUACUUGGGUGACUCGGGCGACUGCUCGUCCGGGGAAGAUGACGCGGAGUCGAACGAUGCCGAGGAGAUGCCGCAGCAGCCAUUAGAGGGAUUCCCGCAGCAGCCAUCAGAGGGAGCACAGCAGGACCCGCUGGAAGGAUGCCCUCCUGGGCCGGCAGAUCAAAAUUCCGCCGCAAGGAGAUCUCCCCGCAUCUUGCCCACCGCAACAUGCGCGCCACGGCAACGGACAGCGCGGUCAAAGGGUCGGCCCGCUGGACCGGGACGCGGCAAGAACAAGGAGCAAGCUUUCCCCGGAAAGCGCAGCAAAGGCAGCAGGAAGCGGGAGAGGGAGUCAAAAAAAUCCGCGAAACGGCGUGCGGAGAGGGAAGCGGCGCGUGUGCAGGCUCAAGAAGAGCGACUCAAGAUCUUCGCGAAAGGCAAAGAUAUUCUCUUUCCGGCGGUACGGUUCUUACGGCUGGAUCACAUCGUGGAGAAGCCGGACGAGGCGCUAGCAACCGACAGCAAGAAGGGCCACGCUCUUCGACAGGCGUGCGCCAUCUUGGCCUUCUUGUCUCUUGAGCUGGAAAACGGACGGCACCCCAUCAAGCACAGCGAGAUUGCGGCGCUUCCAGCAGGCGUGACCGCUCGAGUGGUUCGGUCGUGGGUGCGUGACUUUCUCGCCAACACGAGGUUCAAGAUUCGCUAG